UGCUCACAAGUUUGAUUAACUACCUCAUUGCACCAGUCAGUCUUUUCUUCCUCGGUCAACUGGGAAAGACCGAAUUGGCUGCGGGUGGUCUCGCGAUAGCAAUUUUUCACGUGGCAGGCGUUUCAAUUGUUGUUGGACUCUUGAGCGCCAGUGAAACCUUCUUUUCACAGACUUUUGGAGGAUCGAACAAAUUCCGCCUCGGCAUCCAAGUCCAAAGAGCCGCAGUAAUCCUGCUCAUUUGCUGCUUUCCAUGCUGGGCAAUCUACAUUAUAAUCGAGCCGAUUCUACUGGCGUCCAAACAACCACCGUUAGUUGCAAAAGGAUCUGCACUUUCGCAGUCACUGGGUUACGUGAUGCAGGCUGCGACAGUUAUUGCUUACAUCUUUAUUUCAAGACUUUACCGAAAAACCUGGGAUUCCGUUCACGUUGAGUUGUGGCAUGACUGGGGUCUCUGGUUCCGUCUAGCAAUACCUGGAAUGUUGAUGAGUGGCCUUGAGUGGUGGGUAUGCGAGUCAGGCAGCCUGGUUUCAGGACUUCGUGGGGAACAAGCCUUGGCCGCACAAACUAUUAUUAACAAUAUUGAGUCCGUAAUCUACUGCACAUUUCCUCUUGGAUUUGGUAUUGCUUCGACAAUUCGAAUUGGACAGUUCCUUGGGGCGAAUAAAGCCGUGGGGCCAAGGUCGACGGCUCUUGUUGCCCUUGCCAUGAUUGCAUUCACUACUGUCAUCAAUGCCUUUAUUCUCACCUUCGCGAGGUACCAAAUUCCACGAAUAUUUACCAAUGAUAGAGGGGUAAUCGAAAUGGUAGGUCAAAGUCUGUUCUCUAUCGUGGCGUUUCAGUUCGUGGACUCAAUCGUGGGCGUCGCCUCGGGAAUCAUUCGUGGCGUCGGGAUGCAGCAGGUCGGUGCCAUCGUCUGCGGAGUUUGCAUGUACCUAGUUGGUGGACCAAUUGGUCUCUGCCUCCUACUACUGACUGAUCUUAGCGUAGCUGGAUUUUGGUGGGGUUUAACGGCAGGCAUGGGCUUGGAGUCAAUCAUUUACGUCAUUCUAAUCCUGAAAAUUGACUGGAACGACAUGUGCACAAAGGCAGCAAAGCGGACAGAAAUAAAAUUUGUUCAUGCAGUGCCCGGCCAAAGAGAAAUAGAAAUAAAAGGUCUGUUUCCUAUUUUUCAGUUUAUAAAACAAAAGACAUCAAUCGUGGCAAAAAAAGCAAUAGAUCACUUUACUGUGGUAACUCUAAUACACUGCGACCCAUUUUGUUCUCAUCCAUUUGCGCUAAAGCUCAUACAGGUGUUUUCGAAAACAAAAGUAGAAAAUGUGGUCGUACAUGCCUAA